UUUUUCUCUCCGUCAGACUCUGCUGAUCUCUCUUCCCCACAGGCCAGCAUCUCACAGCCCCCGUUAGCAGGGAUCCGGCAAGGCGAGAGGGAGGUGGGCUGGUUGUGUGUGUGUGGAUUACCAUCGACUUCAUCGAGCGCCGAAAGCCAGCGAAGAGAAGCUCUGUUGCUACUCUCUCUCCGUCGCUUCCGCCCCUGAUUUGAGCCUGACCCGGGAGUGGAUCUGCAGACUGACGGCGUUGGGAGGCGGCGCUGUACCGGCGCCGGGGAAGCAGCUUGGCCUCAGCAGCUCCGGCGGGUCAGCCGGGGAAGCGGUCGCUACCGCCGCAAGGAUGAUCUCCCCGCGGGAACGAGGCGGGGAGGUGGCCCGAUUCUACACGGUCACCGAGCCAAAGCGCCAUCCUCGGGGAUACACCCUCUAUAAGGUCACCGCACGGAUUGUUUCUCGAAGAAAUCCAGAGGAUGUCCAAGAGAUAGUCGUUUGGAAGAGAUACAGUGACUUUAAGAAAUUGCACAAAGAACUCUGGCAGAUUCAUAAACACUUAUUCAGGCAUACAGAAUUGUUUCCUCCUUUUGCUAAAGCAAUAGUAUUUGGGCGAUUUGAAGAAGGCGUGAUUGAAGAGAGAAGACAGUGUGCAGAAGACUUGCUUCAGUUUUCUGCCAACAUUCCAGCACUCUAUAACAGCAAACAGCUUGAAGAUUUCUUUAAGGAUGGAGAAGUGCAUGAAGGCUCUGAACUGAUUGGCCCCGCAGAACCUCUGUUGGAUUCCCUGACUGACAGCUUGUCUGUCUGCAGUUCUGAAGCUCGGAAGGAUGUCAGUGUCUUUGAUGAUGUGACGCUUAGCCAAUCAGAGUAUGGAGGUUUCUCCAGCGACAGCGACCUGAUUUCUUUGACCAUUGAUGUGGACUCUCUUGCCGAGUUAGAUGAUGGAAUGGCAUCUAACCAGAAUUCUCCCAGUAGAUCCUUCGGCCUCAGCUUUCCUGCUGAACCGUUGGCGCAGGCCUCUGCCAUUUCGGACCAUGAAUGGAGCAAGCCUGAUGGCGAGAGGGAGAGCCGUGGCCUGUUUACUGGGAGCUUAAAGGCCAAGCUUGGCCGGCGAGACUACCUGGACAAGGCAGGAGAGCUGAUAAAGCUGGCCUUGAAGAAGGAAGAAGAGGAGGACUAUGAGGCUGCAUUUGGCUUUUAUAGGAAAGGAGUUGAUCUGCUCCUGGAAGGGGUGCAAGGGGAGUCAAGUCCGACACGUCGCGAAGCAGUCAAGAGGAAGACUUCAGAAUAUCUGAUGAGAGCAGAAAAGAUUUCAAGCCUCUAUUGUAAACCCUCAUCAGAAGAUGGUUCAAUUUCUGGACCUCCAGGAUCACUAAGUUCAAGGCCCUCUUGGAACCUAAGGAGCCCUGCCGAGGAACUGAAGGCCUUUAGAGUCCUUGGGGUGAUUGACAAGGUUUUGCUUGUAAUGGAUACUAGAACACAGCAGACAUUUAUACUGAAGGGUCUAAGGAAAAGUAGCGAGUACAGCAGGAAGAGAAGGACCAUCAUCCCCCGCUGUGUGCCCAACAUGGUGGCCCUGCACAAGUACAUCAUCUCGGAGGAAUCCAUCUUCCUUGUGCUGCACCAUGCAGAAGGAGGAAAACUGUGGUCUUACAUCAGUAAGUUCUUGAACAGGAGCCCCAAAGAAAGCUUUGAAGCCCCCAAAUCCAGAAGAUCUAGUUCUACAAAAUUACAUUUGCAUCAGGCAACCCCUAGUCCUCAAGAGAUUGGCAGUAGCAUUGACUCCAGAGGAAGCAAUGGUGACAACAUGCUGAAGGUUUUACCGCUGAAGACCAGUCUCACUCAGAGUUCUCAAGAUGGCAGUAGUAAUCAGGAAGAUGGCCAGGAAAGUUCUCCCAAAUGGAUUGAUUCUGGGUCCAGUUCGGAGGAAGAAUGCACUACAAGUUAUCAAACACUAUGCAAUGAAUAUGGUCAAGAAAAAGUUGACCCUGGAUCAUUAAAUGAGGAGCCUAUCCUGAAAGCAGACAAUGGUGUUCUUAUUACCAAAGAGCAAGAAGGUGUCCAGGCACAUGAUGGGCCUACCAGUGGGAACUUGGGAUCCCCAUUCACAUCUCAGGAAGUAAAGGUUUUUGCUGAUGAUGCUGAUCAAGAAAUAGCUAGUCCUACUAGAAUAUCGGAAUCACUAAGUAAAUCCAAGAACAGCCCCAUGGAAUUCUUUCGAAUUGACAGUAAAGACAGUGCCAGUGAACUUCUGGGACUUGAUUUUGGAGACAAACUUUAUAGCUUAAAAUCUGAGUCUUUAAAACAGUUUUUGUCCAUGCCAGAUCAGGAUAAAAGCCUUGAUGCCAUAGAAACCAAACUGGGCCCCGUAUCUCAGGAUACUGUCAGCAGGGGUUCCAACGACUCUGUGCCAGUGAUCUCUUUUAAGGAUGUCGCUUUUGAUGAUGUAAAUAGUGUUGAUGAAGGAAGACCUGACCUUUUGGUCAACUUGCCAGGCAUUAUGGAGCAAACGAAAGAAACCCCAGUAGAUGGGCCAACAACGCUGACGGAGCAGAAUGGCGACAUUUUGGAAAGCAAACUUUUGGAAACCCCUGAUGUCUUGCAAUUGAAUAAUAGUGCAGAGCAAUGCAGAGGGCUGGAGCCGAACGUAGAUCAUUCGGUGGGAUCCAAUGACACUCAGGAAACUAUCAGGACAUUGCAUAUGGCUCCUAGUGACCCAGCUGGUUCUGGGGAUCGGACUCUCUUUCAAGGUCUUGGAGCAGCAGCAGGUUCAUCAUUAAACACGUUUAGCAUAGAAGAAAUGUUGAUAACUACUAACACGCAAGCGUGUGCUAAAGAAUGCAGCUUAGAUCUGGACGGUGAAGCUGUGCUGCUGUUUUCUGAUCACGCUGAAGACUCAAGUAAAGAGGGAACAGCCCUUGCUUUGUUGCACAAAGCAGAAAGCAAAGAGUUGGGUGCGAAGGGCAGAGGAGAGAAUGAAAUACAUCAAAUUUUUCAGGACCUUGAUGAGAAAUUAGCGCUAACCUCCAGGUUUUACCUCCCUGAGGGCUGCGUUCAGAGAUGGGCAGCUGAAAUGGUUGUAGCCCUUGAUGCCUUGCAUCGAGAAGGAAUUGUGUGCCGUGAUUUGAACCCAAACAACAUCUUAUUGAAUGAUCGAGGACACAUUCAGCUAACGUAUUUUAGCAGGUGGUGUGAGGUUGAAGAUUCCUGUGACAACGAUGCCAUAGAGAGAAUGUACUGUGCCCCAGAAGUUGGUGUUGUCUUUGAAGAAACGGAGGCCUGUGACUGGUGGAGUCUAGGUGCCCUGCUCUUUGAACUCCUUACUGGAAAGACGCUGGUAGAGUGCCACCCAGCAGGAAUAAAUACCCACACCUGUUUGAAUGUGCCAGAUCACAUCUCAGAAGAGGCAAGAUCACUCCUUCAACAGCUGUUGCAGUUCAAUGCUGUGGAGCGUCUUGGUGCUGGAAUUGCCGGAGUUGAAGACAUCAAAUCUCACCCCUUCUUUGCCCCUAUCGACUGGGCGGAGUUAACAAAGUGAAAGGUCUUGCGACCCCACUGCCCAUGUUUACAUUGUUUGACAGAUACCUUUCUUGGCUUGCUGCCAUUGAAAAGGCUCUCAGAUCUUUCGGGCAAGGACAAAUAAUAAUCUUGUCAAAAAGAGAACAGUUUCAACCAGAAGUGAUGAGUACGCAAAACUAAGGUGUGGUCUACACUAGUGGCCGCUGAGCGGCCACUAAAUUUAGUAGCCCUUUUAGGUCAGGACAACAUGCAACACUGAUCACAGGGCUGCCAUGGAAACUCCCCACACUCUCUCUGUAGUGUUUUGGAAACAUCAUGUCACACAAUUCCUCACCCCCUUUCCACAGUAUCAGCAACCACUUGGGAUUGGGAUGGAGAGUGCAUGUGAAGGGGGAGCUAAAUACAGAAGGAGUUUUUGGUGGUGACCUGUGCUUGUGAUCACAUCUAGUUCUGGCACUGGGGAAUUAGGUACAGUAGAAUCCACUCUUCGUGUUUAUUUGAUAAGUGAUGGUGGAAGGGUGACACUCCUAUUGUAAAUGCCAGCUGAAAAUAGCCCUCCCCCUCUUUUUAUAGUGUCAAUGUCCUUCUUCCCUAAGAUAGACAGAGCUGAGGUUGGGGAAUGGGGAAAAGAAUAACUUAUGAAUAAUGUAUGCUUAAUAAAAUACUAUGGUGUUUCUGCAAAACUUGACAUGCAAUAUGUAUAUCUCUGUGUAUUUGGGGGGUGGGUGCGAUGAAAGCUGUCAUAGUAUCAUGUAACGUAACUUCAGAAUGGUUGCAUAUUGUCUUUCAAAAGAUGGAAGAGGGGAAUCUAGCUACUGUUGUCUUGUGCAUGUUGGCUGACAAUGCUUGUUUUAAUGCACUAACUCUUUAACCUCAAGUGAAUUAUAAGUUUAAGCCACUACAAGACAGGACUUCUGUGCUCUCAACUGAAUAACGAUUGCAUUAGUAACUGAACAUGGACCAAUGCAAAAAGAUGCUGAAUUAAAUGUGUGGAUAUACAUGUAUAUAUAUAUAUAUAUAUAUAUUUUAACUAAGCUGCCACAUUUCUGUCUAGGCUACUUUAAGGCUGCUCUACGCAGGCAAAUAAAAUCAAGUGCUAUAGAAUUAAUGGCCUGUCCCAUUUCAGAUUGCAGAUGGGGAACUCCUCGACCAUGGAAAGCUAGCCUAUUAAACAGCAGUUCUAGCCCACCUUUCUCCCUAUAGAAGAAGGGUGGGCUUUCUAUAGAAGAAGCAGAGCUUGGAAAAGUUACUUUUUUGAACUACAACUCCCAUCAGCCCCAGCUAUUAUGGCCACUGGAUUGGGCUGAUGGGAGUUGUAGUUCAAAAAAGUAACUUUUCCAAGCUCUGAGAAGACAGCUGUGGUUAUUGUUUUGGCUUACUUAAUUUGUUUGUUUAUACGGGAAAUGUUCAGCUAUGCAGGAUCCCACCUGCAGAAUGAAACAGUGUAGGCCCAAGCACUCUGUACUACAUGAUUUAUUUGCAUGUGUAUAUAGGCUCUUAGUUCGUAAAAAUAUCAUGUUGUCCAUGCCUAGAUUCCACUGCCACCCUGUUUCUUCCUCCUAAGGAGGAGAGAGCCUCCAAAUAAGCGUGCUUAGACUGGGGGUGUGCGUCAUAUUUAAUUGCUCCACCAAGAAGCACAUUGGAAACCUCCCAUAAGCAAUGUUGCUCUACAAUUCUGAAUUCCAUUGCACUAGUUGUGGGCAUGUUCCUAACUAAAUGGAUGGGAUGCCUGUCAGAAGGUGGCCGCCCCUUUCUUGAAAACCAUUGUUCUUUUUGAACAGACUGACUAAGAAGGUGUAUCAGAUGGGUUAUGCUCACCCUCUGCUCUCCUUCUAGUCCACUGAAAAUCAGGGCAGUUUGCCAUUAAUCCUUAAGCAUGUUGGUAACUUUGCCAGAUGGAGAAACGGAGAGACUUGACACUGCAGGCUACAAAUGUUUGGGGGUGUGGUGGGGAAUAAAGCACCCAAAGUUGAUAU